AUGAUUUUCGACAAAAACCUGAACUGGAACAAGCAUUUUUCAUUCUUAAAAACAAAUACUUCCAAGUCCACCAACAUAAUUAAACUACUAGCGAACAACAAAUGGGGUGCUCAAAACAAAAUCCUUCACAAUGUUUACAAAACACUGAUUAGAGCUAAAAUAGAAUACGGUGCUAUCAUAUACGGCAGUGCAAAAACAACAAACCUAGAAAAACUCGAGACAAUUCAAAACAACAAUCUACGCCUAAUAACAGGUGCAUUUAAAAGCAGCCCGAUCAAAAGUCUUCUUUGCAUUACUGGGGAGAUAUCCCUAGAAAAAAGACGCAAAUUACUCGAACUACAAUACGCAUUCAAAAUAGCCUCACAUCCAAACAACCCGACCUAUAAUUCCAUAUUUGACAAAAGAAACAAUAACGCAUAUUAUCUAGAGACCAACACAAGCAAACCAAUUGGCAGACGGAUAGAAAACUUUUUUAAUGCCCAUAGUAUAAACCCAAAACAUAUAAUAAAAUCCGAAUUUCCGAUAAAACCCCCUUGGAGACCAAAUAAUUUUGAAAUCGAUCUUAGCUUUGCUGAAAGCAACAAAGGAAACACCGCCCCUCAGAUUUUUAGGAAUCUUUUUAAAGAAAAAACACAAAAUAAAGAUGAUGUAUUAGUUUUUACGGAUGCACCAAAACCGAAAACAGCAUUGCAUUUGCAAUAA